AUGGGUGAUUACCACUCAACCAGUAACAGAGACUCACAGGAUUCACACAGUUACGAUUCUGGUUUUGAACAUGACUUGAAUGAAGCCAUUCAACUGUCCCUUCAGGACUACAGAAAUGAUACCUGCAGUCAUUCACAGAAUACUGGGUCAACCUAUGUCAAUUUUAAUACCGACGGAACUUACUUUAUAUCUGAUGCGGUUCCCAAAGGCCCCAACGAUUUGUUUAAUCCUAACCACAUACUUGAAAAUUUAUUCAUGCUCUUUAAAAUACGGGGCAAAGUCACCAAUGGGUCGGAGUCGUCGAGUUCUAAGUUUCCUGGCUCGCAAUCUUGGUCCUCGGAAACGGAGCACACAGAGGCCUCUUUGUAUUAUGCCAUCGGUAGGGAUCAUUUGAAUGAUAUUCUCAACACCCUCUUCGGCAAGGACCAGUACCGAUCUGUUGAAAACUAUGAGAUAGAAUCAUGGUGCCACCACGGGUUUGCUAACCAUAGCGAAGGCAUCCUUUUUUGGGGACUCUUGCAGUCAAGGAGCGGCCCCUGCGGUGUGCUGGCCUCAGUGCAGAGUUAUAUGAUUCGCAGCAUCCUUUUCAACUACUCCUUCUACGGAGAGCUGUCCUUUAUGCUUCAGAACAAGUCCGCAGAGGAGGUUCUGAUGGCAUUAAAUGACAUGUUUUUCAACUAUAUUUCGAUGAAGAUACCGGAAUUUCCGAGAGGUGAUUGCAUAAACCUUCAUCCAUUUUUAGAAUUUUUGUACACUAUUCCGCUGGUAGAAUCUCUAUGUAAUAUACUGUACAAUGUUGCGCCGAAGUCUGUGUAUAACAUAAUACUGUAUGAUAAACUAAAGGAUAAUUAUGACCCCUUCGAUUCACUACUGCUUGAAUCGACGUACACCUAUCGGACUUUUGACAACAUAAACUCGGUCGCAAAUUAUCUCUUCAACAACCUUGACAAAGUCACCGGGAAACUCGGUGUUAUUUCCUUUGUAGUGUCCGUCGUAUGUACCAGGACCCUGGAAAAGGUUAAGGAUGAUAUGGAUGACCCAUCACACCCGUUAAUCGGGCCUUAUGGGCACUGCUCUCAGGAACUGGUUAACCUUCUGUUGCACGGGAGGGCCGUUUCCAACGUCUUCAACGGAGAUAAAGUCAUUGACGACAACUCGAGUGCUUCCUUGACUCUCAAGGGCAUUGGUUUUCAGAACACGCUGGGAUUUCUCACUGACCUUGAGGCCAUGAGGCUCUACAAAGUCGGCUCUUUCUACAAAAAUCCUCUGGUUCCCAUCUGGGUCAUAAGCAGCCACAAUCACUACUCUGUGCUAUUUGGACUUGAUGGCUCGGCCUGUUCCCUCUCACAGUCCGAUAUGAUUGAGCAGAAUCUUACCGAAGCUUGGAGUAAAAUUGACACGCAGGACAACAAGUACAUCGAAGUCAACUCCCUUGGCUCUCUUUUGGGCAUGCUUGGCAUUAGAAACUUACUAAGGGACGCCAUGAACUCAAUUGAAAUUGUUUCUGGACUCGUUCUUUGGACCAACAUGCUUGCCUGGUACAGCUCAGUGGUUGCAGAAAGGACUCAGACUAAAAGCGGCGUUUCGAAUACUUUAACUCUCUUCCACUACGAUGGAAACGAGAAGAAAACUCCUCUGCACAAAGUCACCGUUGAGAACGACCACGUCUUCGUGGCCGAUCCUUUCAACGGCGUCGAUGCUAACAUUGUUGGCACUGUCGAUGACUCCUACACGAACAUUGGCAGGAUCGUCUGGACCCGGUGGCCUCGCACCAGCGUCAAGUGCUCCGUGGUCCCGACCGACUAG